GAUGGUUUUCGCUAACACAGAGUAGCGAAAGCGUCUUAAGGAGUCUUGGAUAGUAAGAAAUGCGCCCAAGAACUUUGUGUUCUUUAGACACCGGUUAUUACGCGGAUACUGUUGAAUGGUGUCCUAUAAAAGGCUUUGAAACCUAUCUUGUUUGUGGAACCUAUCAACUUCUGGAGAAAAUAAGCACAAGUGACAGUCAGUCUGAUAGUAACAUUCGAGUGGGCAAUGUUCAACUGUAUUGCCUUGAUGAAACGCUUCAGAGGUAAGAAAUUAUCAUCGUUGUUUGCUAUUUGUUGUAGUUUUUGCCAGUAAUUAUAAGGAAUAAGAAAAAACGCCAAAGAAUGAACAGGCAUUAGGACAUAUUUGUAGAUAUUUUAAAGGCGUUCCCCUAUGAUUGCAAGGGAAAAGGAAGGGGGAGGGGAGGAUUUGUUUUGAUUCAUUUCUAGGGGAUUGAGGUUUGGGGUACAUGUUACAGGUCAAAAUUGAAUUCAGGUUAAAAUUAUUAACUUUGCUUGAUUCUCAAUUUUCUCCGUCUCCUAGCCCUGAUUAUUCAUGAAUUAGAGCUAGGAGACAAAGGAAAUUAAGAAUCAACCAAGAUUAAAAAAUUACCGUACAACCUGAAAUCAAAUUUGACCUGAAACAUGGUUAAUUUUUUAUCUCAGGUAAUUUUUGUCUUCCGAUUAUUUCAACUUCAUUAGCAUACAUUACCAUAACUAAAGACAAAAGAAAAAGAAAAAUUACCUGAGAUAAAAAAAUAACUACAACAUACAUGAUAAGCAAAAAUAUAUGAAGCAGGGAUUGUUCUGUGUAGCUUCACCUGAAGGAUAUGCUCUUGAAAUCUUGUCCAGAGGCUAUAGUUCCUGCCACUUUUAAACCACUCCCUGCCCAUCUUGCUUUAGUUUUACAGUGUGAAUACUAUAACUGCUAACCGGGACCACCUACACAAAGUUGACCAAUCAGGUUGCAUGAAAAUAGCAAUACACAAAUAACAGCCCUGUCUCUUAACUGCCUUCUCCCAACAAGCCAUUGAUACCAUGUAUUACUCAUGUGAUAAGAAUAUCUGUUGUCUGGGUUUGAAAGGGUUGAGGCCAGCUAACUUAAUUCAAUUGCAUCUCUGAUCCCUGAACACAUCUUUCAAUGAUUUUAGUGUUUUGAAUUCAUUGUCUACAGAUUGGAGAAACUGCAAAGUUUUGAAUUUGGUGGCAUUUUAGAUACAAAAUGGUAAGUUUAUUCUGCUUUUGCCUGAAGUAUUCCCCAACUCACUUUUUACAAGGUUGUAUAGUAGUAAAGCUUUAAGGACAGUGUAUGCUGUGGCCCCUAAAAAAUUCCUUAAACUAUUCACAGGCUACCCACUUCACUAAAUGGGUGUCCUGUCCUUGGAGCUGUUACAUCAGAUGGUGACGUGAAGAUAUUUUAUCUCAAAGAAAAGGUAUGCACUGUGUUAAUCCGUGUAAGACUAGAUUGUUGGUCAAUGGUAUAAUGUUAAAAGCUGAGCACUACAGAUUAGUGACGAUCACAGUGUAAUAAAUCGUGGUUGGCAUUCCAAUUAGUGCAUGAUAUCAUAUAGUUUUGAGGCAAUAAAUGUGGGUGAUCUAUUACAUAGUUUAGAAAAAAUGGAGAAUGACUGCGAUGUCACAAGAUUCUUAUGUGAAAACUAGGUAUAGGGGGGUUAAGUAGCUUGCUUGAAACUGACAGAAACUUCUGUGUCAGAGAAAAUGGCAGCCAUUCUCAAUUCCCUUUGUAUUCACUGGAAACCCAGCAGAAACAGAAUUACAAAGCAGUCUGUCAAACCUGCAAGAUUGUUCUCCUUUCUCUUGACAAGGAAGGAGUAGAUUUCAAAGGAUGAUGCUGGAAAUCUUAAUAAUUUGUAAUAAGCAAAUUACUACCAUUUGUCACACAUACACUAAGAAGACAAGGACAAAAUGUUAACAUUUUCCAGAACUGUAAGGCUUAUGAUUAGUAAUUAUUAAUAAACUUGUGUUUAGUGGCAUGGUGCCCUGAUGUAGUCUGACCAAACCUUAGUACGUGCUUUAGUUACACAUCGUCAAUCAUCACUGUAAUAUUGUUUUGCUUGGAAUUGACUUUGAGCCUCAAUUUUGCUUAUAGAGAUUAGUUGAAGUAACAAGUUUUGUUGCAAGUCCACAGAAGUUGUGUCUCUCUUUGGACUGGUCAGUAAAGAAUGGAAACAGGUAUGAAAACAGCAAUGAAUUUUUUUGUUGUGCAUCAUUGAGUAUUUCACUGUAUUUCUUUUUACAAGAUCUUUAUAAAUGCUAAAUUAGAAAAUCAUUAUUCAUUCAAAAUACUUCUCCAUCUCUGGCUUGAAUCCCUUGUCUUAUUCCUCAUAACCAGCUAUGGCUGACAAGGUCUGGUCUGUGGCCUUGCCAGACAUUCCUUCAUAAUGUAAAUAAUUAUAAUACUAUUCAGCCUCAUCCAAUAAAAUAUUGUUGUUCAAUAAAUUUAUAAUUUCUGUACAUAAAGCAAAACUAAUACUAAAGAUACAAUAAUUUUAUGUAUUAAAUGAACACGAUAUUUAAGAGGACAACGAUAGGAAUGGAGGUAUUCAUCUGUACUACUGCUACUACUACCACUACUACUACCACUACUACUACUACUGCUACUACUACUACUACUAGUACUACUACUACUAAGUUGGCCACAGCCGAGCCUUGACAAGAUUAUUCCAAACUCUUCAAUCAUGCAUCAGCACCUCUAACUCCUCACCAGAGUACACAUCAGCAUCUCGCUUUAAGAUAUCAGCUAGUGUUGAUUUUGGUUGUCCUCUACAUCUAUGGCUGUGGGUUGGCUCCCAAAGGACGAGUUUUAUUCAUCUGUAACUGAGGUUUUAAACUCUUAGUUCUUAUGAAAGAUUGACUUCAGUCUGUUAUGAUAACCAUGUAAAGUUACAAUAAAAAAAAAGAAAAGAGAGGAAGAGAGGUUAUUGUUAUUCUUUCUUCUUCUUAUACAGUGUAAUUGCAGUGAGUGAUUCUGGAGGCCAGAUCAGUUUAUGCCAAUUUGACGAAGGCACAUCCAAGCUCUGUCAAACUUUACAAUGGAUUGGUCAUCAGUAUGAAGCUUGGAUAACAGCAUUUGAUGCUUGGAAUUCUGACAUAGUUUACUCUGGUACCUUUUCUGAAACCGUCUUUGUUGUGUCUGAUUCAAACUUCAAACUGUUCAUUUUUACUAUUAGUGUUUAUGGUCUCUCUCAAGUUUAAAGUGAGAUGAACAAUUUCAUGAAAUAUUUCUUUAUAUGGUCUAAGACUCUGGUGUCUGUAUUAAAGCCUAAGUUUAGAUCUGGUGUGCAUCUCCAAAAAUCUGGGUCGAUCUUGGUUUGGCAGCUAUUUUUAUGCUUAAGCAUUGUUCAAUAAUUUAUUAUAUUUGUUAAUUUUCACUUGUUUGAAAUUAUUUUGUUAAAAAAUGAUUAAUUUAUUAUGGUGGUUGUAGCAAUAAUAAUGUCACCAUUUUGGAUACAUAUAUAAACUAGGUGGAGAUGACUGUCUUUUGCGAGGCUGGGAUACAAGAACAGACUGCCAGAAGCCAACAUUUUCUAGCAAGAGGUAAAUGUGAUGUGGAUAUUACUGUUUUAUCGUAUGAAUCUGUCAGAAAUGCAGUGUUUACAAAUAAGCCAAAAAUGUGUCUGUGACUCCAAAGAAUUUCUACUGGCCAUGGCCACUGCAACUUCAACCUAAACUCCAUUAAUAAUCAUUAUGUUCAAAAGAAUUUAAUAGUCUACUGGACAACAUUCUUUCAACUGUUAGAAUUCUUAAUAAUAAUAAUUAAUGACUGUGAUGAUGAUGAAUAUUUGUAUAGGUAAUAGCACGAUUUGUAGUGAUAUUUGGUGUUAUACGUGAUUUCACGAGCCCUUAGGCGAAGGAUAUAUAAAAUUCUCCCACAAAAUGCUUUAGAACAACAAAAAAAAGAAACUGGGAUUAAAACUUAACCCCAGUUACUGUUUAGCACUAAUCGGUCUUCAAACAACUGGGUCCUGGUCUGGACAAGUCCACCUUAGUUAACCUUUCAUGCAACUUUUUACAGCAUCAGUCUUAUUUUUGUAUAGGUUACUUUUAUACUACUCAUCUAGCUGUUCAGAAUGUACCAACUGUCUCUUGGAAUGUUCCUUGGCUGAGCUGGUUAUCAGACACUCAGGGACAAUUAAAUGAUUUUCUUCAAUUGUCCUUUAGUGUUUGUAUGACCUUCUUCAGAACAACAUUCUGCCGAGCUGGGUUUUAAAACUAUAGCCCCAGGGUUAGUGUGGAAUUUGAAUUCAGAUAUGAAGGUUUAAAAAGCUAAAAAGAAAUGGGGAUUUAAAUUUAACCCCAGUUUAGCACUAAUCGGGCUUUCAAACAACUGGGCCCUGGUCUUGACAAGCCCAUGUAUAGUUAAACCUUUCUUGCAGUUUUUUUUACAGUAUUAGUAUUACUUUUAUACAGCUUACUUUUGUACUACCCAUCUAGCUGUUCAUAAUGUACCGACUGUCCCUUGUAAUGUUCCUUGGCUGAGCUGGUUAUCGGACACAACAAUAUCCGGCAGUUCAGGGUUUUAUCACAAGCAAUGUCAACCCUAGGCCUGCUCUCAAUAUUAGCUUUCAGGUCAUUUUUUAUCAGCAUUGUGACUUGUACAUUAUGCAUCAUUCAAACUAUAUGACUGUGGAAUGUACCCACUGGCCUCUGAUGAUUUCAGUUGGUUUCUAGGCACUGGUGAAUAGCUCUACAAUAUUAUUUUAACCAUCGACUAGGAGCAUCUGAUAACCACACCUUCUUCAGAAAAAUAUCCUCACUGCUGAUCUACAAUUUAUCACAUCCGUGCAUAUAGCUUGCCCUAUACCGUCAGGUUACCUGGAGGGUCAUGUGAACUUUGCCCUGGGUUACUGACUGCAACUCAAGAAAAACCUUUCCCUUGUCACUGAAUACCCAUACUAAACAAAUUAAUAAUUUUGUAUAUUAACUGUGUACGCAUUCUAGACAUGAGAUGGGGGUAAGCAGUAUCCAGUGUAAUCCUUGUUAUGAUCACAUUAUGGCAACUGGCAGGUGGGUAUUAUAUAAAAAAAGAUUUUCCCUAAGUGCAAAAUGAACUACAUAACUUGAUAAACAACACAAAAAUUAAGUUGACAAGAUUGAAAUUUCCAAAAAACACUCAGGAACUAAAUUGAAGUUAUCAAACAUUUGGAAAAAAAAAACAUUCUCUGUAAUACCACCAUAAAUCUCUGAAGUUUAUGCUUUAAAAUGCAUGAUAUAAAUCCUGUUCUCCUAGAAUGAAGCAUGCGAAGCAUGAGGGGGGAGGGGGAGGGGGUGUGAAGAGGUACUCUGCUAAUCCAAAAAUUUCCUAAUAGCUUAUAAAAGGUAUGCUAAUCUUGUUUUAAGGGAAUGAUGGAUCAAAUUCAUUUUCAGCCCUUAGAGUUACCAUUUUGAAAUGACAAAGUGGUACACACUUGAUACCAUUUCAUUGUAAAAGCCCUAAUUGGUAUUCCAAGUGGUGUGCCCCUCAAAAGUGUUUUACAGUGUAGCAAUGUGAUUAUUUUAUUAGGGAGCGUAUGUGAGGGUGUAGGGUAAGUUGUGUGUAGUUAGAGAACCAGAUAAGUGCACCCAGGAAAGAAUGCUUUGUAUGCAGUGUUAACGUAAAUACAAUGUAUUUCACGUGUCUUUAACCAUACUUUACUGUGAUGAUGAUACAUGUAGACUUCAUGCCUGCUUUGUUAUCCAAUGGACAGCUAUGAUGAGAACAUUCUCCUUUGGGACACCAGAAACAUGAAGCAGCCAUUGUGCUCAUCAAGUCCAGGGGGAGGGGUGUGGCGGAUCAAAUGGCAUCCAGUCCAUGGCAAUGCAAUGUUGACAGCCUGCAUGUACGAUGGUUUCCACAUUCUCAAUUUCAUUUCAUGCAAAGGUUAGAAAGUUGUCCAUGUUUCUUUUUUAAAAAUGUACAUUGAGUGCUCAUGCUUAAAUUGCUAAUUUAUGCUGAUUGACUUGCAACAAAGUAGUGGUCAUAAAAAUAAUAUUGGUAAUCACAUUCGUGAAUUUUUGCCAAGUGGAAGUUUCAGUUUCUAACACAGCAUGCAUGUGGAUUAUUGGAGUGGCAGAUAUUUUGAUCCACACUGUACAAUCCUUUUGACAGCCUUUCACUUUUUAAGCCUGAAGGAAAUUUUCGAAGUCCAAGACUACUAGAAAGAAACCUAGUAAAGUAAUCACAUUGUAUGUCUGAGCAGUUAGAGCACUGGAAUUGUAAUUCAGAGGCCCAGAGUUCAAGUCCUUCCCUGACCACUAGCUGGAUUUGUUCUCAGUUGUAGUUCAAAUCCUUUGCUGUGCUUAUUAAAUAGCCAACUGGUUUGUCUCCUACCAGUUGGGAUUCUUAAUAUUAUUAGUUAAGCCCCUGUUAAAUUAUUUGUUUCAAUAUCUCUGAAAAGCCUCACAAGGGGAGAGAAUAAUAUUUUAUAAUCUUUCUCUGUUUCUCUCUAACUCACUAAGUGCUUUUGCUUUAGGAGGUCAGUGCCUAAAGAAAGAAGUAUCAUACAAGGAGCAGUCAUCUUUGGCAUAUGGAGCAGACUGGUGCAGGAAGGAGAUCCAGUCUUCUACCAAUUUACAUGGACAAAUGGCUGAAGAAUCACAAGAAAAACUUGAACAAAAAGAUGCUAGCACUUCUAGAACAUUCACAGAUAUCAUUGCAACUUGUUCAUUCUAUGAUCAUGCUUUAAACUUAUGGCAAGUUGCAUUAUAGCAGUGACAAACUCUGGUCUGUGGCCUUAAAUAUGCCUAUUUAACUAUUUCACUUCCAGAGGUGGCCAAAGUCAAAAGGCAACAAAAUACCUAAAUUUCAUUUUGAAAAAUGUUAAAAAAGAAAUAUCACCAUGUGAAAGUCCUACCAAACGUUUUUUUCAACAUACUGAAAAGUUAGAACAUGGUUAGAACUACCACACAUGACUCAUUCAUUCUGCCAGUAAAACUGGUAAUAUAUCACAUUCAUCAAACAAUCAAUCUCAAAGGAUUACACAAGAUCUCCAAAAAUAUAGCCUUUGUUCUUCUCAGCAAAACACAAUUUAUAUAUUUUAAUGCGAGCAAAAAUUCAAACUCUUACUUAAACUGGAACAUAACAAAGCAAGGACUGAAAUUAGCCUGUGAUGGAGGGGGUUGCUUACAACUAGGUUUUGACAAAAUAGAUGGCCUAUAACCCCAGAGGUGCCAAUAACCAGGUUGUUAUGGUGUGUCUAAAGAAUGGUGAAAGACCCCUUAUUUUAUGUGGCCUGUGCCUCAGUAGCCUGCGAGCAAGCUCUCCUGAGCACUCUGGCAAGAACAAGGAUUUCUUCUUUGCAGACAUCGCUGGAUUACAUCUGUGGUAAUGUGUAAGCUUAUGAUCUCUUUCCUCGUUUAAACUUGUGUAGAAGAGCACAAGCUAUUGCCUCACCAGUUGGGG